UAUACCAAUAAACUCAACCGGGGACACCGCGUCCGCCGGGCGGAGGAGCAUGCGGAGGAGCUGCGGAACAAGAUUGUGGACCAAUGUGAGAGGUUGCAGUUACAGAGCGCUGGCAUCACCAAGUACGUGGCGGAGGUCCUGUCGGGGAAGAACCAACGAGCAGUGAGCACGGCCAGCGCGGCGAGGGAGCUGGUUAUCCAGCGGUUGAGCCUGGUGAGGAAUCUUUGUGAGAGUGAGGAGCAGCGGUUGCUGGAACAGGUGCAUGGCGAGGAGGAGCGGGCCCACCAGAGCAUCCUGACACAGCGGGCACACUGGGCUGAGGCUCUGCAGAAGCUCAACACCAUUCGCAGCAGGCUGGUGGACAUGCUCACCCAUCUGGAUGACCACCAGCUGAUUCAGAAAGAGCAGGAGAUUUUUGAGAGGACUGAAGAAGCAGAGGGCAUUUUGGAUCCCCAGGAAUCUGAAAAGUUAAACUUUAACGAGAAGUGUACUUGGAGCCCACUACUGACCCAACUAUGGGCAACAGCAGUUCUUGGAUCCCUCUCAGGCACAGAGGAUGUACGAAUUGAUGAGAGGACUGUCAGCCCCUUCCUGCAAUUGUCAGAUGAUCGAAGGACCUUGACCUUCAGCUCCAAGAAGUCCAAGGCCUGUGCAGAUGGCCCAGAGCGCUUUGACCACUGGCCCAAUGCCCUGGCUGCCACCUCCUUUCAGACUGGGCUCCAUGCCUGGAUGGUGAACGUCCAGAACAGUUGUGCCUAUAAAGUUGGUGUGGCCUCAGGCCAGCUGCCCCGCAAGGGUUCUGGCAGUGACUGCCGCCUGGGCCACAACACCUUCUCUUGGGUCUUCUCUCGCUAUGAUCAGGAGUUCCGCUUCUUGCAUAAUGGCCAGCACCAGCCCCUGGGGCUGCUGCGGAGCCCAGCCCGACUGGGUGUGCUUCUGGACUUGGAGGCGAGAGAGCUGCUCUUCUAUGAGCCAACCUCUGGCACCGUGCUAUACACCUACCACACGGCCUUCCCCACACCUCUCUUCCCAGUCUUCGCUGUGGCCGACCAGACCAUUUCCAUUGUCCACUGACCUCUGGCCACAGAAAAGUCAACUCCAUCUUCCUGCCACCCUUUCAGGUCAGGCCACGUCCCCACCCAGUGCCCUUUUCCUGAGUGAUGUGUGUGGUGUUUCUGAAGGAAAGGGGGCCCACACUCGGCGGGUAGAUUUAGGUGCCAUGGGGAUCUGUUUCAGACCUGGGCACAAUCUAUAAAUGCCGGCCAUCUUCGGGGAACUUGCUGCUCCCCGGACCUCCACCUGCCAAAUCCACCAUGAUUCUGCCCCUCUGGCACCCAGCAUGGGGCCUGGGGCAUAGUGAGUGUGCAGUAAUUAUUAAGCAAGUGAACAGAGGGAUGGAUGGACAGAUGGAUGACUGGGCAGAUGUGGUAGUUUCAGGAGCGCUUCAGCCCCCUAUCCUGAGCCUCAUGCAUAUGCAAAUGGUUGUCUGCAGAGAAGCCAUAGCCGAAGCUUGUUUAUCCUCUCAGUUUAGUGCUUCUCAAUCUUUUUCAUGACAUGCACACAGGGUAAAUAUUUUUCUAGCACA